GAUAACACAGACUAUUUUCAUGAUCAUGGGAGGUGUGAGAGAAUUGCUGCUCUUUGUGGUGACUGUGGGGGUUGUGAAAGUUUCUUGUUACCCUGUUGGAAAGUCCCAGAAGCUAGAGCAAGUCUCUCUGCAGAGGAGACUUGGAGAGCUGUCAUCAAAUGACGUCUCCAUUGUGCAUGCCCUGGCCUUGCUCCGAUCCAUAGGGUCUGACGCUAAACAAGACAGAGAAGAGUAUUUCGAGACUAAUGACGUAGAAUCCCAAGCUUCUCCAAACCAUGGUAGCUCUCUGGCAAAUGAUAACCUGUCCUCUGACGACGCUGCCACUGGCCCGUCUGACGACGCUACCUCUGAAGCUGCCACUGGCCCGUCUGACGACGCUACCUCUGAAGCUGCCACUGGCCCGUCUGACGACGCUACCUCUGAAGCUGCCACUGGCCCGUCUGACGACGCUACCUCUGAAGCUGCCACUGGCCCGUCUGACGACGCUACCUCUGAAGCUGCCACUGGCCCGUCUGACGACGCUACCUCUGCAGCUGCCACUGGCCCGUCUGACCAUGCCAUUGAGGAACUGUGGACUUCUGCAUCUCAGCCCCCGUUGACCACAAACAUGGAUAUCUGACGUGGGACAUUGUGCUCGGGGUCCAUGCAAGUGUUCAUGGGUUUUCUAGUCCAGGUUGUGUGUGUAACUGCAUUUUCUUGUUUUGGCAUCAAUUAAACGCUAACUGUAAUAA